CGCACAGGCAGAGCUACGGCGGCGGCGAGAUGUCGGUGACGGCGAUGCUGGUGUUCUAUUUCCUGGUGUUCCUGGCGGAGAUCCUGAUGUUCGGGCUGCUCAGCCUGGUGCUCUUCUGGGUCGUGUACUACCGCGGCGGCUUCAAGUGGCGCGAGGACCCCGCCAAGGAGUUCAACUUCCACCCGGUCCUCAUGGUGGCCGGGUUCAUCUUCUUCAUGGGAAACGCGAUGCUGGUGUACCGCUUCUUCCGCUGCUGCAACAAGCUGAUGGCGAAGCUGCUCCACACGUUCCUGUACCUGCUGGCCGUGCCCUGCAUCGUGGUGGGCAUCAUCACGGUGUUCGACUCGCACAACCUGCGCGUGCCGCCCAUCCCCAACCUAUAUUCCCUCCACUCGUGGCUGGGCCUCGUCACAGUGGGUCUGUUCGCCCUGCAGGUAACGCACACGCUGGUCGUGGGAUUCUUCAGUUUCUGGCUCCUUCUUUGCUGUGAGCAAGGGACAGCCAGCUUCCGAUCGGGCUUGGUCCCUGUCCACGCCACCUUUGGCAUCAUCACCUUCAUGCUGGCCAUCGCGACUUGCGUCACUGGAUAUACAGAAAAAGCCUUCUUUGUGCUGAGGGAUCCUGAGACCAAGAAUUUCACUUACUCGCUGAUGGGGAACGAAGCCAUCAUCAUCAACACCCAGGCCGCUGCACUGGCUGCCCUGGGAAUCCUUGUGCCUGUGAUGGUGGCUCUUCGCCCCUUCAGGAGGAGAUGGAGUGAGCGCCUGACGGAGCACCUAUGAAACGAGGACUCGGCUGAGUUCAUACAGACACAUCUGUAGGUUACUGGAGAGGGAGACAGAAGGAUUGGGUUUCUUGGCAUUGCCAAGAAAUAUUCUGAUUGGUGGUUCAGAGGCAGUUCAUGUUUGGUCUGUUUGAAUUUCAGCUCCUGAUGUGUAAAAGUAUUACAUGGUUCUAUGAUGAUGAGGUGUUUUUUCACAAAAAUUGUAUCUGUACAUGACUGUUAAAUCUGUUACACAGAUUGUGAAUUCUAGAAAUUUAUUUAUGUACAUCUAGUAAGCAGUCAUCUUCUGAAUAAACUCAAUAUGUUAAAUUUUAAAGAUUGGACAACAGGUCUUGUAAAGUAGAUACCUUAGAAGAUGAUUUUUCCCCAUUAUGUGUUAUGAAAUGUUUUUUCCACUUGAUCACCAUUUUUCCUUUAGACCACAACUGAUUACAUGUUCAGUCAAUAACACAUUUAGGCCAUGACUGAUUACAUGAAUGACUUAGUAAAAUCUGUAUACUUUGUUACAGGUUUGACAAUUAUUAAAGGUAUUUUAGUUGUAAUUGUAACUGCAUUUGUAUUUAGAAGGUACAUCAAAUUGAGAAUUGUUCCUUUAGUUAUUACUUGUAAUAAUGCAAUGUAAUUCUUACAGUUGGUCAAGAAGUAACACUUGAGUAUAUUUAUAUAUUAGUGUCUUUUGUCAUUAAUGUGGAUAUUAUCCUACAAUGAAUUGAUGAGCCUGUGUGUGAAUGAGAAACUUCUUCAUUUUAGGUGAUAACGUGUAUGUUAUUCAGUGUAUUCAUUCAUUUUAUGUGUCCUGUAUUUUUAUAUAUGGAAGUAUAGUGUAAGUGUUUCUUUCACAGUGAAUGUGUAUGAGUGAAGCUUUCCUUCAAUGAAAUGUAAGAUGUUAAUUAAAGACAAUAUCAACUAAAUCUGGUAGUUUGUUACCAGAUACAAGUAAAUACUAGUUGAUGUAUUGUACAGUAUAUACAGCUACAUAUAGUAAGCAUGAUGCAUUCCUGAAUGAGAGUUUUUUUCUUGUUUUACUGAACUUUUCUCAAGUUUAGUAGAUUAUUAACCAAAAUAUUUAUUUUUAAUUGUAUGAUAUCCAGCUUGCAAAUGCUGGAACUCAAAUGAGAUUUUGAUAAUGUAUUAGUCAUAAAAUAAAAUAUUUGGAUAUUUAAAUGACUUACACUUUAUGGAUUUCAAAAGAUAUGUGCUUGCACAAAGGAUGAUUUGAAUAAUUUGAUGUAUCAGUGUAAUGAAAGAUAUUUUUUGAAGAGAGGAAGCUCCAAUUACAUUUUUUUUGCAUUUCCAGUAUAUGUUGAAGCCUUUGAAGUAUUAAAAUCAAAUACAAAAUAUUUUUUUUUUAUCAGCAUUGUGUCUUUAGUUGGUAAAGCUGCAAUAUAAAGACUCACAUAAGAUUUGAUAUCAUAUUUGUGUUUGAUGAACAAUGAGAUAGUAACUGGUUUACCAGUUGUUUGGCUCUUAAUUGAUAUGUAAAUUGGUAGGUAACUAGAUACUGUUGAUGUAGUAAUUUUUGUACAAGCAGGAAAAAUAAAAUUACAAUGAUA